AUGUUCACAUCACUUUUACUUAUCUCGCGUUCUUUUCCGUUUGAAAAGUUUUCCUACCUUCCUUCCUUCCUUCCUUCCAUCCUUCCUUCCUUCCUUUCUUUCUUUCUUUCUUUCUUUCUUUACCCGUAUUUCAUAAUUUUUUUCUGUUCUUUCUUUCCUUCAUUCUUUCUGUCUUUCCCCUAUUUCAUAAUUUUUUUCUUCCUUUUAUUUCUAAAUCUGUGUUUUUGCUUUCGUUUUCAUUCAAGAGCUACUUCAGACAUUCUUUCUUUUCUUCUUUCCUUCCAUUUCACAAGUCUUUCUUUUUUGUUAUCGUUUUCAUUAAAGAACUACUUUAAGCAUUCUUUCUUUCUUUUUCGUCUUCAUUGCAAAACUACUUCAGAGCUACUUCAGACAUUCUUUCUUUCUUUCUUUCUUUCUUUCUUUCUUUCUUUCUUUCCCUUUCCUAAAUCUGUGUUUUCUUUGUUUUCGUCUUCAUUGAAAAACUACUUCAGGCUUUCUUUCUUUCUUUUCUAUAUUUCUUUUCUUCUUUCCUUCCAUUUCACAAGAAUUGUUUGUUUCUUUCUUUCUUUUCCACUAUUUCAUAAAUUUUUCUUUUCAUUUUUUUUUACUUUUUUCAUGUCUUUCUUUCUUUCGUUCUCUUCCAUUUCAGAAAUCAUUCUGUCCUUUUUAUUUUCAUUUACGAGGUCAUUCAUUCUUUUUUUUUUUCUUUCCUUGCCCUAUUUCAUAAAUCUUUCUUCCUUUGAAUUUCUUUUGCAUUUAGGAGGUCUUUCUUUUUGGAUAGAACUCUGCCAGUCCCUACGUCACUUUUCUCCUUCCCCUCCUUCUCUCCCACCACCUCUCUUGCUUUAA